AUGAAUGUCAAUCACAAGUUUAAGAUCGAUGUAUGCAACAAGCAAAUAUGGCUUGCGGCUUACGCAUGGAACAAGACGGAAUGUGAUAGGCAUUUUGAGGUCUUGAAACAGAUGGACCCCGCCAUUGCUACAUACGUCGAGCAAAUAGGGUUUGAAAAGUGGGCUCGUCCUUAUUGUCCGGGCGAUCGGUACAACAUAAUGACAAGCAACGCCGCCGAAAGCUUCAACAAGGCUAGUAAGUGCGCUACUCCUUUGGCUACUACUUUUGAAAAUGAUUUAAAGGAUCAACACAAAGAUGGUAUGUUCAGGAGUGUCCUUCGUAAUGGUGCCCAAUUGUUCAACGUUGGUACGAGUCCUCAAGGUGAGAGAGGUGGUGAUGUGAACUUAGUGGAGAGAACAUGCACUUGCGGACUUUUCCAAAUGCUGAAAAUCCCUUGUCCACAUGCAUGUGCCGCAGCAGUUAGUCAGAAUGUGAGCGUGUACACACUUUGCUCUCCAUAUUACACUAAAGAAACGUGGAAGAAAACCUACGAUGCCACAAUUAAUAUUGUUGGCGAGGAGGAUGAGUGGGAUCUUGUUUUUUGGUUGCUCGUUUCUGUAUUGUCUGGCGAUAUUUUUGCGAUUAUGGUGCGAUUUUUGUGCGAUGUUAACUGA